GUCGUGGCGUCACGCUCCGCUCCCCGGCGCGAUCUUCCCAAACAAAAUGGCGGAGAGGACGACGACGACGACGGUGGUGGCGGCGGCGGCGCGGUGUUGGCGUUUAACCUCAGAUUAUUAGUUUGAAGUAACAAAGAGACCCAAGCGAGGGGGAGAUGCGCGGAAACCCUGAAAAUAAAUAAUGAAAAGGCUGCAUAAAGAUACUGGACACUGAAGAAACAUAGAAGUGUGUAAACUACCUAGCCCAGCUCAUGUUUUCUCCUGAUCAAGAAAAUCUUUCUUCAUCCACCAAAGCACCCAUAAAAUAUGGAGAAAUUAUUGUAUUAGGGUACAAUGGAUCUCUGCCAAAUGGAGACAGAGGAAGAAGAAAAAGCAGAUUUGCUUUGUUUAAAAGACCAAAGUCAAAUGGCGUGAAGCCCAGCACUGUACAUGUCACCUGCACUCCUCAGGCAGAGAAGCCAAGGAUCACACACAUUCAAAUGGCAAUAAGCAACAAGGACCAACACAGUAUUUCGUACACACUGUCUCGUGCACAGACAGUGGUGGUAGAAUAUACCCAUGACAACAACACAGAUAUGUUCCAGAUUGGCCGUUCAACAGAGAGUCCAAUUGAUUUUGUGGUGACUGACACCGUUCCAGGAAGCCAAAGCAAUGGGGAUACUCAGUCUGCACAGAGCACAAUAUCCCGAUUUGCAUGCCGUAUUAUUUGUGAAAGGAAUCCCCCCUACACUGCCAAGAUAUAUGCAGCUGGAUUUGACUCAUUUAAGAACAUCUUCCUUGGAGAGAAGGCAGCAAAGUGGAAGACAUGUGAUGGUCAAAUGGAUGGUUUAACCACAAAUGGUGUCCUUGUUAUGCAUCCACGACUUGGGUUUACUGAAGAUUCUAAACCAGGAAUCUGGAGAGAGAUAUCUGUGUGUGGGAAUGUGUUUACUCUGCGAGAGACCAGGUCAGCGCAACAACGAGGAAGAAUGGUUGAAAAUGAAACAAAUGUGCUCCAGGAUGGUUCUUUGAUUGAUCUCUGUGGCGCAACUCUUCUUUGGCGCACUGCAGAGGGACUUUCAUACACUCCUACUGUUAAGCACCUGGAAGCGCUUCGUCAAGAGAUCAAUGCAGCCAGACCGCAAUGUCCAGUGGGAUUGAAUACACUUGCUUUCCCCAGUAUGAAAAGGAAAGAUGUGGAUGAGAAACAACCAUGGGUGUAUCUUUAUUGUGGGCAUGUACAUGGCUAUCAUAACUGGGGAAACAAGGAUGAGCGAGAUGGAAAAGAAAGGGAAUGUCCUAUGUGCAGGUCUCUAGGUCCAUACGUUCCUCUCUGGUUGGGCUGCGAGGCUGGAUUUUACGUUGAUGCAGGACCUCCAACUCAUGCAUUCAGCCCUUGUGGACAUGUAUGUUCAGAAAAGACUACCAGUUACUGGUCCCAAAUCCCUCUUCCACAUGGUACUCACACUUUCCAAGCAGCCUGUCCUUUCUGUUCUACUCAACUAGAAGGGGAGCAGGGAUAUGUCAGACUUAUUUUCCAGGGACCUCUUGAUUAAAAGACAAGCUGUUUUUUUACUUGUCAGAAAAAAUUGAUGGCUGAAAAAUGUUUUAUCUUUCAGAACUAUAAGCUAAAAUAGUUUUCUAUACUGAAUUCCCUGGGUUUGGAUUUUUGUCUGUUUCCAAACAUAACACGAAUAUGUAGCUCUUCAUAUGGGAGACUUCUUUUUUGUGAUGUGUUGCGAUGAGACAGAUUUUUGAUAUUUGCAUUUGUUAAAUAUAUAAGUAUUUUGAAAUACAGAAACCUCACCCAAAUAAAAUUUUCAGAAGUAUGUUUGACCUCUUACAGGUAUAACAAUUGCCAAGUAUAGACUUUUGAAGUUUUUUUUUUCUUUGUUUAUAAAAAAAAGAAGCAUUUUUACCCAGCUCAAUCUAUUUGUAAUGGGGUGGACAAAUGUAAUGCAAACAGACUAGUUUUUUCUAUUUAUAAAAUUAGUCAGUAAAGCUGCAAUAUCGUUUAGUUAAUAGCAAAUGGAAUGGAAUGCUUCAAAUUGUUUCCUCAGUUCAACCAAAUUUUUAAACCUAAAUUAUUUAGAAACAUAAGUAUUGUGACUGUUUUAGUUUGCUUAAUCUUGUCAUUAAAAUGUAUCCUGAUGCAGUUAUAAUACCCGAGUAAAGAGUGUGAAGUUAUUGACUGUGUGGCAGAAAAUGUGUGUCAGACUUCAACAAUCUGAGCAGAGGAGCAGGAGCCCAUCGGGUUUCAGUCCAUUGUUCUGCCGUUUUAGCAAUUAUCCUCAUUUCACCUUCUAAAUCAGCUACUGCUUAAACUUGGUGGGAGAAAGAAGAGCAGGUGAGAAUUAAAUGAAUAAGAGAUUGUUUAAAACAAAACGUAAAUGUGUAGUUUGACAACAAUGAAUUUAGUGGUGGUAUCUAUCUGUUUUAGCAUAGCGGUGUCAAUACCAUCAAGGUGUUUAGUACUGAUAAAAGCGCAUUACCCUGUUUAUUAUUGUGACCGAGCUCCCAUCUCAGAAUACUGCUAAUUGUUCAAAGGAGUUUCUUAAAUAUAUUUAUCUCGUCUUAAUAGUAAAUUUCAUGAAGAGGAUUUGUGAAGAUGGCUCAUUUUUAGUGUAUUGCAGCUUUAAUGUUGUGUAGAAAUGUGUAGUAAAUUAUUGCCUGAAAUGUGAGUAGUUGUUAGAUGUUUGUAUGAGAUGCUUUAGCACAUGUUUCAGAAUGCUAAUUUAUAAAUUCUUGAUUCAUUAAUAUGUAGGGAUGUGCAAACUUAUCCCAUUCUGAUGAUCCAAAUUAUACGUUGAGUGAAUAAUAUGGUUUCCAUUUUUUCCUACUUGUAGUGCUGGCUUUAUUCUUUCUAUAUCAAUCAAAAGAAAACACAGCGAUUCACUGUCAAAGAUCUUCCCCCCCUGCCCCCCUCCUCCGCUUCAGUUGAUACUUUUUUGCUAGAACUGAUUGUACUGUUCAAUAGGAAUGAAUAUCAGGAAGCCUUAUGGGUGAUUUUUGUCGUUCAAUAACAAUUUUCCACUCCCCAAAUGAGGUGACCAGACCAGCUAAAUUGUAAGACAGCAGCCCCAGUAGAUUACACUGAGAAAGCAUUAAACUGCCUCAAGUUUUCAGAUGUGGAUUCAGUGCUAAAGCUCCAGUAUAUUACACUGAAAAUGGAUUAAACUGCCUCAAGUUUUUAGAUGUGGUUUCAGUACUAAUUAGUGAAUUCUAUUUUGAGCAAAUACUUGAUAAGUGACGUUCUGUUAUGUGAAUAUGAAUUAAAAAAAGUGAACUGCAGUCAUGGUUA